AUGGAUGAUUCUACCUCUAUUGUCAAGUUUCUUCCUGGUUUUGAUGGUCCUCUUCCUUUCGAGCUUGAAACCGGGUAUAUUGGUGUUGGUGCGGAAGAGGAAGUGCAAUUGUUUUACUACUUUAUCAAAUCUGAGAGGAAUCCAGAACAAGACCCUUUGCUUAUCUGGUUAAGUGGUGGACCUGGUUGCUCUUGUAUCUCUGCUCUUCUUUUUGAGAAUGGGCCUUUGACUGUGAAGCUUGAUGUUUACAAUGGAACUCUUCCUUCUUUGGUCUCUACUUCAUAUUCAUGGACUAAAAUUUCGAGUAUAAUAUAUUUGGAUCAGCCUGUUGGAACUGGCUUCUCCUACUCAAGAACUCAUCUUGUUAAUAAACCAAGUGAUUCAGGAGAAGCUAAGCGGAUCCACGAGUUUCUUCACAAGUGGCUGGGGAAGCAUCCAGAGUUUUUAUCCAACCCUUUCUAUGUGGGUGGAGAUUCUUAUUCCGGUAUGGUUGUUCCAGCACUUGUUCAAGAAAUCUCAAAAGGGAAAUAUUUAUGUUGCAAACCUCCAAUAAACCUUCAGGGCUAUGUUCUCGGAAACCCGGUAACAGAAAUUGGAAUUGAUCAUAACUACCAGAUUCCUUAUGCUCAUGGAAUGGCACUGAUCUCUGAUGAACUCUACGAGUCAAUGAAGAGAAUCUGCAAAGGAGANUAUGAAAAUGUUGAUCCACUUAACACAGAAUGCUUGAAACUCGUUGAAGAAUAUCACAAGUGCACUGAUAGAAUAUUCACAGGAUAUAUCUUAAUAUCAGACUGUGAUAAAACUUCUCCUGAUUGCUAUGAGUAUCGGUUUUUGUUAACUACCUAUUGGGCCAAUGAUGAGAGCGUGCGCAGGGCUCUUCAAAUAAAAAAGGAGAGCAUAGGGGAGUGGAUACGUUGUUAUCGGGAAAUACCUUACACUCAUGACAUUAAAAGCAGCGUACCGUACCAUAAGAAUAACAGCAUCAAUGGCUAUCCUUCUCUUAUCUUCAGUGGUGAUCACGACUUGGAAAUACCUUUCCUCGGAACUCAAGCUUGGAUUAGAUCUCUUAACUACUCGAUCAUUGAUGACUGGAGACCUUGGAUGAUUGGUGAUCAAAUCGCUGGAUACACGAGGACUUAUGCCAAUAAGAUGACAUUUGCUACUAUCAAAGGAGGAGGACACACACCAGAGUAUAAACCAGAGGAUAGUUACAUCAUGUUCCAAAGGUGGAUCGAUGGUCAACCUUUGUAA